CUUUCUCCCAUCCAAGUUUGAUUGAGCCUGGAACACUCAGACACCUCAUACCUGACUCUUCAACCUUGGAAUUUGGCAAUGGCGGGAACAUCCCUUGUAGCUCUAUAUUUCAAACCCUCACUCUCACCUUGCUCUUUUCCUCCUCCUAAAAUCAGCUGCAAUUCUAAGUUUCCCAACGAUAUUAAUUUCAGAUCAUGUUCCAAUUCAUUACAUUCUAUUCAAAAUCCAUCUUUUUUUCAAUGGAAACCUAAAUUGAAUUCAUCGCGAAUUAAAGCUGCUGCAUCAUCAUCUCAACCUCAGCCUGCAAAUGAUGGUGGAAAUAAACAAUCUGGGGAUUUGUUGAAAUGGGUCCGGCCGUGUCUUGAGAUUGCUUCCAACAACUUUCUGCCAUUAGCUUUGAUUGGUGGUGUUUUUCUUGGACUUGCAUAUCCUAGCCUUGGAUGUUUUGUUGAUAGAUAUUACUUGUCAAAAGUGAGCACAUUUUGCAUAUUUAUAAUCUCAGGUUUGACAUUACGUAGUCAAGAAAUUGGAGCAGCUAAAGAAGCAUGGCCUGUUGGGAUUUUUGGGCUGGCUUCUAUUUUGUUAUUGACCCCGGCAUUUGCUAGAUUAAUCUUGCAACUUAAUCUUCAGCCUCCUGAAUUUGUUACAGGAUUAGCAAUAUUUGCUUGCAUGCCGACUACCUUGUCAAGUGGGGUGUCCCUAACUCUGCUAGCUGGCGGAAAUUUUGCAUUGGCUCUGGCAAUGACCGUGAUAUCUAAUUUACUAGGAAUUCUUGUUGUGCCAUUUACAAUAACAAAGUUGGUAGCUGCUGGUGUUGGUAUAUCAAUUCCAACUAAGCAAUUACUAAGGAGCCUUGUUGUCACACUGUUGAUUCCGUUGAUGUUGGGAAAGAUUGUUCGAGAAUCAUUCAAUGGUGUGGCGCAUUUUGCUGACAAUAACCGCAAGCUUCUUUCGAAUAUGAAUGCUCUUUUUCUUGGUCUUGUUCCUUGGAUACAAGUGAGCAAAUCAAGGUCACUGCUAUUGAUGGUUAAUCCUACUAGCUUCCUUUUAGCUAUAGGCCUUGGAGUUAUUCUGCACUUCACCCUGCUAGCUUUCAAUGCUCUGGCUAUAAAGAUCUUUUCAUCGAUUUCCGGUGGCAAGUCGGUCUUUGCCAACAAACGAAACGCCGUUGCUCUGAUUUUAGUUGCAAGCCAGAAAACCCUACCCGUCAUGGUAGCAGUGGUAGACAAGCUUGGUGGUGCUUUUGGUGCUCCGGGUUUGCUAAUUCUACCUUGCAUUGCAGCACAUCUAAAUCAGAUAAUUUUGGAUUCAUUUCUUGUUAAUUCUUUGCUUCGAAGUGAUCACGUAGUUCAUCCAGCGAAAGGUGCCUAAUCUUGCGGAAACAACAGGAAAAUAUCAUGGCUCUAACAUAGUAACGUUUACAUUGUCGUGCAAAAGUCGAUGUAUUGGACGACAUUACUCCUAGGUUUGUGCCUCCCUGAUUGUAUUGAACGAUAUCGUGGUGUAAGGAUCAUUUGUCACAGCCUCACAAAAUUAUAUUUGUUGUUCAGAAUUACUGUACAAUGAUGAGAUAACUUGGUUGGAAAGUAUGCCACAUUGCCAUGGAUCUAACUACACUCCAUAUGCACAUAUCUAUGAUUCCAUUUGAUUUAUGAUAAGAAUGUAUAUUUGUUUUUGGUGUGUUUGGAAAAUGACCGCUGGUUGUUUGGCUUUUUUGCUUGGUUUGGUUAAUCAGCGGGAAGUAUUAACGUUUUUCUUGGCUUUUAAACCAGGGGGAGAUAUUAACUGUUGGCUGUUUAUUAAUGAAAAAUAGACUAACAAGAUAAGAUCCAAUGAAACAAGCCAACCAUUACCAAUUAACAAUCUAAAAAACCAAAAGCCACCACAAAGGCCAUUUACUAAACCCCCAUAUAAUUCAGAUUUUAGGGACAAUUAAUUGUAUGUUAAUUCAACUUAUUCAUGUAGUAUGACUGGUACCCUUUGGAGAAUUCUGAAUUUAAGUACUUAUUAUAUUCUCUUUGUCUCUAUGGAACAGUACUUUGUGACUUAAAAACCUCUUAUAUUUUC